AUGAGAGACUUAAGCUACAUUUUUAAGGAAGGAUUAUUGUCGCCCAAGUACAGGACCCCGCUGUUUUAUGCUUCUAUAGCAGUCUUUGGUGCUGUUCUUUAUGGUUACGACGGUACAUACUUCACCUCUGUCCUUGCCACACGUCAAUUCAAGCACGACUACGGAGCUUGCAAUGUAGAGGGUGAAUGCAAAAUUAGUAGCUCAGAUGAAAGUAUCUUUACUAGUAUCGUCUUCGUUGGUGAAUUCGUAGGAGCUUUGUCGUCGGCACCGAUAGGUGACUACUUCGGUAGAAAAGGCUGUUUCAUAACAGCUUGCGCUAUGGGUAUCAUCGGUACAAUCUUGCAAUCUGUUAUGGUCGGAAAUCACCCUAUCUUCAUUGUUGGUAGAAUGAUACUUGGUAUUUGUGUCGGUAUCAUGUCAAAUGCUACUCCUCUGUACCUUAGUGAAGUUGUUCCAACUGAAAUUAGAGCUGCUGUAGUUGGUAGCUGGCAAUGUUUACUCGCAUUAGGUCAAGUCAUCGGUUCGGGUGUCGGUCUUGGUUCAAAAAGCCGUAACGACACAGGCGCAUACCGUAUUCCAAUUUGCCUUAACCUCAUCUUCGUUUUCAUAAUCCUAGCUGGUCAAUUUAUCAUUCCUGAAUCACCUAGAUGGCUUGUCACUAGAGACAAAACUGAAAAAGCUGAAAAAGCACUGUGGAAGAUCCAUGGAGCCAGACCUGAUGCACAAGCAUGUGUGGAUGACGAGAUGAGGCAGUACAAUCAAACGAAGGACGAUGAACUCCAAUCCUCAGGCAAGGAUGCCACAUGGGCCAGCGUUUUCGCCGCCGACAAUCGCAAGAAGCUAUUUGUCGUUUGCGGUGUUCUCAUUUGCCAACAGAUCUCCGGUAUACAGAUUGUCUUCAGUUACAUCACCGUCAUAGCUCAGGACUUGGAACUCGGCAGCGACCCAUUCGUUGUGACAAUUGGUGUCACAGUCGUUGAGCUUGGGGGUGUUAUCUGCUCUUUCUUCAUUGUCAAUCGCUAUGGUAGACGCCCUCUACUUAUGUACACUGGUAUGAUUAUGGCAGUGUUCCUGCUGAUUAUGGGCUUCAUGGGUGUGGGCAACUACACAACGCCAUCAAAGAGUGAUACUUUUAACAAAGUCGUCCUUGCGAUGGCUUGGGGACCACUCGCAUGGGUUUGUGCUAGUGAGCUUUCUGGCGGUCGCGUCAAGAACAAGAUCAUGAGUUUGGGAACUGGGUGCUUCUGGAUUUCAGCAUUUGUUGUCACUUUCACAUUGCCAUACCUCUACGAUGAAGAAUAUGCAGGUAUCAAAUCAAUGGUCUCGCUCAUCUACGGAUUCCUUUGUUCUCUCACUGUAGUCUUUGUCUACUUCUGCAUCCCAGAGACACGCGGUAGAUCACUCGAAGAGAUUAUUUAUAUGUUCGACAAGAUGGUACCAACAAGACAUUGGGAUGAAUUUGACACCACACACAUUUUUGCUGUCGAUGAAAAGGGUCAAAGAUUUGGCGGCGAAGAGAUGGAGCACGUGGAAAACAAUGAGAAUGAGCAUAAGCUGGAAAAGAAGGAGAGCGCUUAA